AUGCAGCAUGCUGUUCAUAGUAAUAUAACUGUUAACAAAUUUACAGGAGCAACUGGUCUUACUGGUCCAGUGGGACCUCGUGGAGAUACAGGAACCGCAGGUCAACCUGGUCAACCAGGACAACAAGGUCAACCUGGAGUUAGAGGAAAUCCAGGAGCUCAAGGGCCUCAAGGUAGUCAAGGUGCUCUUGGACCAUCUGGUCAAAACGGGGACGUUGGAUCUCCUGGACCACAGGGGGCACAGGGAGCUACUGGUCCCGUUGGAGCGGCUGGAGUUCAAGGAUCUAAGGGUCAGCCUGGACCAUCAGGACAACCGGGAGCCAACGGCCAAACCGGAAGUACUGGAGCCUUCGGUCCCAAAGGUCUUACUGGAGAUCCAGGUGCUGCUGGUUCACCUGGAGUUGCUGGACCAAGAGGAGACCAAGGAUCGCAAGGUCUGUCAGGAGAUCCUGGCACUCCAGGAACACCUGGGCAGAGAGGAGAUACUGGACAACCUGGAGUGCAAGGUUAA